AUGGAGGCUUUGAAAAACCAGAUUAUAGGUCUUAGUUCGCAGGACACCCUGCAGCAGCUGCACAAUGCCCUAAAGGGGUCGGAAGCGCUGCUAGAUCAGAACCACGGCGCCCUGACGGCUGUGUUGGUGGAGUUGGACCCUGUGCAGCACUCUCUGGGAUACCUGUACCUCCUAAAUGCGCAUGCAAAGCACCUGGACGCCCCUCUGGGGGACCAGGCGUUCAUAGAGGCGGCGGCACGCUUCCUGAGGGACUGCGCGGCGGCGCAGAUACAGCUGGCGCCGGCGGUCGUCGCGGAGCUGUGCCGGCGCUUCAAGGACCAGUGCGUCGCGGCCGGCACGCCGCGGCUGGGCAUCCUGCCGCUGCUGUCUGCGCUGCAGCGGGUGCGGCCGACGGCGGAGCACCUCACGCCCAUGCACGCGGACGUGCUGCAGCUCUGCCUGCUGUCCAAGGCCUACAACGCGGCGUCACCCCUGCUGGAGGGCGACUGCUUCUCAGUGGAGCCCGCCAAGACCGGGGUGGCGCCCACUGACGUACUGCUAUACUGCUUUUACGGGGGCAUGGUGGCAGCAGGCCGCAAGCAGUGGGCGCGCGCAUUGGAGCUGUGGCUGCAGGCGGUGACCGCACCUACGUACGUGGGCAACGCCAUCACGCGGGCGCGGCGCGGGCGCUGCGAGGGCUCUGGUUGCGGCGAGGUCGGCGGGGUGUGGGGGAGGCUGGCGGCAGACGCCGGUGGUGCAGUGGCCUGCUACAAAAAGUAUGUCUUGGGCAGCCUCAUACACACGGGCUCGCUGCGGCCGCUGCCGCGGUUCGUGUCGACCCGCGCGCGCCAGGCGGUCGACUCGGAGGCCAAGGCGUACGCUGAGCUGGCGACCGCGUACGGCAGCUUCAACCGGGAGCGGCUGCGCAAGGUGGCGGAGCACCACCUGCCCGCCUUCCAGCUGGGAAAGGGGGAUUCCCAGCGCCGGGGCUAG